AUGGAUAAUCCGAAGGUUCAAGAGAUCCUAGAGAAGCAAGUUCUUACAGUGGUCAAAGCCGUCGAAGACAAGCUCGAUGACGAAAUUCAUGCCCUAGAUCGGCUCGACCUUGACGAUAUCGAGGCAUUAAGAGAACGAAGGUUGCAACAGAUGAAGAAAAUGGCGGAGAAGCGUAGCCGUUGGAUUUCACUCGGUCAAGGCGAGUAUUCUGAGAUCCCCACCGAAAAGGAAUUCUUCUCCGUCGUUAAGGCCAGUGAGCGCGUCGUCUGCCAUUUCUAUCGUGAAAACUGGCCUUGUAAGAGAGGAUGCAGUCAGUGGGUUUAUGUAGCGGUUACUGUGUUUGCUAGGUUGAAGAGAAAAGGUGGUGGAGAUGCCAAGAUGAUGGUGGAGAUAGGUUUGGGCAGUGAGAGAGAGGGAGGGAGGGAGGGAGGGAGAGGGAACGGUGGUGGUCAUGGUUGUUUCUACGGUGGUGUUGGUUGGCUCGGAAUGGACAUAGAGGGUGAAUUGGUGAUGGAUAAGCAUUUAAGUAUAUUAGCAAAGCAGCACAUUGAGACGCGUUUCGUAAAAAUUCAAGCUGAGAAAAGUCCAUUCUUGGCCGAGAAGCUUAAGAUUGUUGUACUUCCCACCCUUGCCUUGGUAAAUAACGCCAAAGUGGAUGAUUAUGUGGUAGGAUUUGAUGAGCUUGGUGGGACAGAUGAUUUCAGCACAGGGGAACUGGAAGAGAGGUUGGCUAAAGCUCAAGUCAUCAUUUUUGAGGGUGAAUCAUCUCUAAACCCAACGAAAUCUCGCGUUCAAACCAGGGGUGUCCGGCAAAGCACACACUCGUCGGAUUCAGAAUAG